AUGCUUGCAAAUUAUAAUGAAAUAAAAAAAUUAUUUAAUUAUUAUAUUAGAGAAUAUUAUUAUCAAAAAUCAAAAGGUACAUAUUUUGUUUAUAUUAAGAAACCAGGAUUAUUGUUUACUUCUUUAAAGUUUUAUAAAAGAAAAAAAACAUAUUUUCCAAAUAUAUAUGAUUGGUAUUUUGAUAAUUUAAGUGAUUUAAAACAAAACAAAGACAUAUUAAAUUAUGAAAAUUAUUACAAUAUAAAAAAUAUAUAUUCUUAUAAAAUAAAUAAAGAAAAAAUUAAAACAGAAAAUUAUGUUGAAACUAAUAAUAUAUAUAUAAAUGAUUCAGAGGAAAAUUUAAAAAACAUAUAUAAAACUAGUAAUUUAUACUUUAAUAUAAAUCCAGUUUAUUUAUCUAAAAUAUGUUUAUAUGACUUAAAUGAUUAUAAUAUUUUAUUUUCAAAUAAUUAUUAUGAUGCAUUUAUACACUUUUAUUAUAGUAUUAUAUCAUAUAAAAUUAAUCUAAAUGAUAUUCGAAUUUUUCCAAAUCUAAAAAUAUUAAUUGGACAUAUUAAAAAUUUAAGCAACAUAAUAAAUGAUGAAUUAAUAAAGAAUACUUAUUUCUAUUUAAUUAAACAAAAAAAAGUUUAUGAUGAAAAAUAUCUUUACAAUAUUUUUUUAAGUAUAUAUACUAUUAUGCUAGACAAUUCCCCUUUUUACUUAUUUGUAGAUAAUAAAGAACAAUUUAUAAAUAUUCUUAAUUUCAUAAAUAAAGAUGAUAUUAAAAAUAUGUUUGAAAGCGUCAUACCUUUUCCAUAUUAUUUAGUUGUAGAUAAUAGUGUAAAUAUAUAUAAUUUACAAAGUUUUAAUAUUUUUUUAAAAAAAAUUUUAAACGAAAAUAAGAAAAACAUUUUUUCUAGUGAAAAAAAAAGAAAUAUUUUUGUUUGUCCUGAAAACAACUUAAAUCCAUUUAGCUAUAAUACUAACAAUAAUAGUUAUAUUAAUAGUAAUACUAUAAGUUGUAAUAACAUUAGCGGUAAUCAUAUUAAUAGUAAUAACAUCAGUAGUAGUCAUAUUAAUAGAAAUAAUAUCAAUAAUAGUAAUGUCAGUAGUAAUAAUAUUAAUAGUAAUAAUAAAGAUAAAUAUAUUCAUGAACAAACUAAAUAUAAUUGUGAAAAUGAAAAAAUUUCAGAAAGAAGAAUGUCAAAUGCAAAAAAUGAAAAAAUAUAUUUUUUUAAAUUAAUAAAAAUUUUUGUUACGAAGCCAAAUUAUCGUUUUAAAGAAAAAAAAUAG